GCGAGAGCAGUGUCAUAGAUGAAACCUCUCUCUCCUAGAGGAUUAAAGACCUUGUUUAGAGGAGUGCUUGCUCUUGUACUGCUGUGUUCGAACGGUAACCUCUUCAGCCUCCCCAGAAGGUGGAUUUGAAACAAUCGCUUCUGCCUCUGGCACAACGCUUUUGGUAUGAAAGAAUGCGGCAUUCCAGGCGAGCUAAUUAUCCUGACUGGGAUAAAAAAGAAAGUCCGGAUCACAGAAGAUGUGACAGUGCUAGUAAGAGAAAGAAGAGAUCAUUAAGUGCUGCACAGGAGAACAAGCACGGCAAACAUGAUCUUUCUAAACUUCCUGAUAGUACCGAAACCAAAUCUGUAAAUGAAAGAGACCAUCAUGAACGACGCUAUGUUGAAGAAUACAGAAACGAGUACAAUCAAGGAUAUGAUACUGGGCAUCACAGUAGCAAAUCAUCAGGUCAUAGUGGGACAAGUAGUUACAAAAGGAAAUACAAGACACCUCACACUACCUGUCAUCAUCAUCAUUCACAGAAGAGUCAUCGAAGGAAAAGAUCCAGGAGUGUAGAGGAUGAUGAGGAGGGUCACCUGAUCUGUCAGAGUGGAGACGUACUAAGUGCAAGAUAUGAGGUUGUUGCUACUUUGGGUGAAGGUGCUUUUGGAAAAGUAGUGGAAUGCAUCGAUCACAAAGCGGAAGACAGACACGUAGCUGUGAAAAUAGUAAAAAAUGUUGAUAGGUACUCCGAAGCAGCUCGUGCAGAAAUACAAGUACUGGAACAUUUAAAUGCAUCGGAUCCCACCAGUAAAUAUUGCUGUGUCCAGAUGUUAGAAUGGUUUGAGUACCAUGGACAUGUCUGCAUUGUUUUUGAGCUACUGGGGCUCAGCACCUAUGACUUCAUUAAAGAGAAUGGCUUUCUGCCAUUUAGACUGGACCACAUUCGACAGAUGGCAUAUCAGAUCUGCAAAUCUGUGAACUUUCUGCAUUUGAACAAGUUGACACAUACAGAUCUGAAACCAGAAAAUAUUUUAUUUGUGACGUCUGACUAUGUAGAAGAGUAUAACCCCAAACUGAAAUGUGAUGAACGCACACUAAAAAAUCCAGCCAUCAAAGUUGUGGACUUUGGAAGCGCAACAUACGAUGAUGAGUAUCAUAGCACUUUGGUGUCUACAAGACAUUACAGAGCUCCUGAAGUUAUCCUAGCACUGGGAUGGUCACAACCAUGUGAUGUUUGGAGCAUAGGAUGCAUUCUCAUAGAAUAUUACCUUGGAUUCACAGUAUUUCCGACCCAUGACAGCAAAGAACACCUGGCAAUGAUGGAGAGAAUACUGGGGCCUUUGCCAAAUCACAUGAUAAAAAAAAGCAGGAAACGCAAAUAUUUCCAUCAUGACCGGCUGGAUUGGGAUGAACAAAGUUCUGCUGGUAAAUAUGUCUCGAGGCGCUGUAAGCCACUGAAGGCAUUCAUGACCUGCCAUGAUUCUGACCACGAGGACCUCUUUGACCUCAUUGAAAAGAUGCUGGAGUAUGACCCAGCCAAGCGCAUUACUCUUGAAGAAGCACUGAAACAUCCUUUCUUCUUCCCACUGAAAAAGGAAAAAAGGGCGCUGUCUCCUAUAGCUGAGCAGGCUGAUGCAGAUGUCAGUCCACCAAAGAAAUAUAAAAAAUGUUAAAUAUUUAUUGUGUACAGUUAUUUUGUAAAUGGCCUAUUUUGUAUUAUGACUUUUUGGAUACUGAAGUUUAACACAGCUGCUGGCAUAAAACUUAAGAAAAAGAUACUGAUGAACCUGGUUGCAUUUCCUCAGUAAAUAAAAAAAAUCUCAGGACACUUGUACUUUUAA